GCUGGGGGAGGCGGCGGGGGUGCAGAGGGAGGGUCUUCGCCCUCCCUCCCCCGGCCGCGCUUCCGGAGCCAGCGAUGGAGCUUUGUGAAGAUGCGGGCGUCGGGGCUGCUCGGUGAUGACAUCACCGUGUCACACACUGGAGCCGGCUGCCGGGGGGCUUAAGAGCAGAUCCGCUCGGACCACACCGGCGCUCACACACUCACGCGCCCUCGGCAGAGCCGCGCGCCGGCCUCACCCGCGCACACACUUGGGCGCGCGCCGGCCACACUCGCGCGCACACUUCGCGGCGCUCGCUCCUCGGGCCCCGGCCUGGGCCCCCAGCCGCCGCUCCCCGCCGCCGCCGCCGCCACGGAUGCCAGCAGUCGCUUCCAUCUGCAGUGCAGUAGCCCCGGCCGCCGGCCGGCCCGCCCCGGGCUCCCGGCUGGAGGAAUUGCGCCAGGACGCUGGCCCUGCUCGCAGCUAGCCUGCUCGCCAGGGCGCAGCGAGGAUGGGAGGGUCGCAGUCCCUGCAGCCAGUCCCAGCCAGCGACCCGAACCAGGAGGCUUCUGAGGCAAUGAGUUCUGAUUCUGAAGAAGCAUUUGAGACCCCGGAGUCAACGACCCCUGUCAAAGCUCCACCGGCUCCCCCACCACCACCCCCCGAAGUCAUUCCAGAGCCUGAGAUCAGCACACAGCCUCCCCUGGAAGAACCAGGAUGUGCCUCUGAAAGUGUCUGUGUCCCUGAUGGCCCGCGUAGCAGCUCAGUGGAAGGAAGUCCUUUCCAUCCUCCCCCACACUCCUCCUCUGCCGUCUUCGAUGAAGACAAGCCUAUAGCCAGCAGUGGGACUUACAACUUAGACUUUGACAACAUCGAGCUGGUCGAUGAUUUUCAGGCCUCAGAGCCUCGCUCCUCAGACUCUAAGAGUCAGGACUGCAAAGUGAACGCACGGAGGAAGUCCACGGAUUCUGUCCCCACCUCCAAGUCCACUUUAUCCCGAUCUCUCAGCCUGCAAGCCGGUGACUUUGAUGGUGCCUCUUGCACCGGUGGCACUGAGGCCGGGGUCCCAGCCCCAGAUGCAUACAGCUCGGGCUCAGGCAGCGCUGCCAGUACCCUUAAGCGAACUAAAAAACCCAGGCCACCUUCCUUAAAAAAGAAACAGACCACCAAGAAACCCAGCGAAACCCCCCCAGUAAAAGAGACACAACCAGAGCCGGCUGGAGAGAGCCCUGUGCCCAGCGAGGAGAAUCAAGUGGCCGAGACAAAAACAGAAUCCACCAAGACGGAAGGUUCUGGACCAGCCUUAUCAGAAGAGGCGCCCCUAGAACCGACUGCAGUGCCCAAGGCUGCCUGUGCCCCGGACUCAGAGAGUGCAGAAGCGGCUGUUCCCCCAGCUUCUGGAGGUGGCAGAGUACAGAACUCACCCCCCAGUGGCAGGAAAGCAUUGCCUCUUGCCACGGCCCCGGAGGCAGUGGAGGUGACCCCACUGGAAAGUGGGGGACAAGAGGACUCCCCAGCCAAAGGGCUCUCAGUGAGGCUAGAGUUUGACUACUCCGAGGACAAGGGGAGUUGGGACACCCAGCAGGAAAACCCCCCUCCUACUAAAAAGAUAGGCAAAAAGCCGGUUGCCAAAAUGCCCCUAAGGAGGCCAAAGAUGAAAAAAACACCCGAGAAACUUGACAACAGCCCUGCCUCGCCUACCAGAUCCCCUGCUGAACCCAAUGACAUCCCUAUUGCAAAAGGUACCUACACCUUUGAUAUAGACAAGUGGGAUGACCCCAAUUUUAACCCUUUUUCUUCCACCUCAAAAAUGCAGGAGUCUCCCAAACUGCCCCAACAAUCAUACACCUUUGGCCCCGACACCUGUGAUGAGUCCAUUGACCCCUUUAAGACGUCCUCUAAGACCCCCAGCUCACCUUCUAAAUCCCCAGCCUCCUUUGAGAUCCCAGCCAGUGCCAUCGAAGCCAAUGGAGUAGACGGGGAUGGGCUAAACAAGCCUGCCAAGAAGAAGAAGACGCCCCUAAAGACUGACACAUUUAGGGUGAAAAAGUCGCCAAAACGGUCUCCUCUCUCUGAUCCACCUUCUCAGGACCCCACUCCGGCGGUCACACCAGAAACGCCACCUGUGAUCUCCACGGUGGUCCACGCAACCGACGAGGAGAAGCUGGCAGUCACCAGCCAGAAGUGGACGUGCAUGACGGUGGAUUUGGAGGCCGACAAGCAGGACUACCCGCAGCCCUCGGACCUGUCCACCUUUGUGAACGAGACCAAAUUCAAUUCACCCACGGAGGACUUGGGUUACAGAAACUCCUAUGAAAUUGAAUAUAUGGAGAAAAUCGGCUCCUCUUUACCUCAGGACGAUGACACCCCGAAGAAGCAGGCCUUGUACCUUAUGUUUGACACUUCUCAGGAGAGCCCGGGCCAGUCUCCCCCCGUCCGGAUGUCGGAGUCCCCCACGCCGUGUUCAGGGUCAAGUUUCGAGGAGACGGAAGCCCUUGUGAACACUGGGGCAAAGAUCCAGCAUCCAGUCUCACGAGGGCUGGCCCCCAACCAGGAACCACACUUGCAGGUGCCAGAGAAAUCCUCCCAGAAAGAGCUGGAGGCCAUGGCCUUGGGCACCGCCUCAGAUGCCAUUGAGAUUACAGCUCCUGAGGGCUCCUUUGCCUCUGCUGACGCCCUCCUCAGCAGGCUAGCUCAUCCAGCCUCUCUGUGUGGUGCGCUUGACUAUCUGGAACCCGACUUAGCAGAAAAGAACCCCCCAGUAUUUGCUCAGAAACUUCAGGAGGAGUUAGAAUUUGCCAUCAUGAGGAUAGAAGCCUUGAAGCUGGCCAGGCAGAUUGCCCUGGCUUCCCGUAUCCGCCAGGACACCAAGAGAGAAGCUGCUCACCCAACAGAUGUCUCCAUUUCCAAAACAGCCUUGUACUCCCGCAUCGGGACUGCCGAGGUGGAGACACCCGCAGGCCUUCUGUUCCAGCAGCCCAACUUGGACGCCACACUGCAGAUGGCCAGAGCAGAGGUGGGCUCGGGGGAGUACGUCCGUCCCAAGUCUGAGAUGCCCCGCUGGUUAGGCCAAGUUCCAUCUGAGGCCUCUGCCGGCCCCUGGGACCAGGCUCAGAUUCCAUCGGCUCCAUGGUUUUGUUCCUUUUCUCUCCUGCCAGAGGAUGAACAGAGGGAGAAGUCCGUCUCCCACCAAACGGUCCAGCAACUGGUCCUGGAGAAGGAGCAGGCCCUGGCCGACCUGAACUCUGUGGAGAAAUCUCUGGCCGAUCUCUUCAGGAGAUACGAGAAGAUGAAAGAGGUCCUCGAGGGCUUCCGCAAGAAUGAAGAGGUGCUGAAGAAAUGUGCCCAGGAGUACCUGUCCCGAGUGAAGAAGGAGGAGCAGAGGUACCAGGCCCUGAAGGUGCACGCGGAGGAGAAGUUGGACAGGGCCAACGCCGAGAUCGCCCAGGUCCGAGGCAAGGCCCAGCAGGAGCAGGCUGCCUACCAGGCCAGCCUGAGGAAGGAGCAGCUGCGAGUGGAUGCUCUGGAAAGAACGCUGGAGCAGAAGGUAACAGGCCAAGGGUGGCUGCCUCCAAGUGGCUCAGUAAACGGGUCAGGGCCCCCCGCACCCUCUGCAGCUCUGGGGACAGAGCCAGCAUGAUAGUGGCACACCAAA